AUGUCUGAAAUAGUCAACGAGGCUUGGAGAAAAUAUCUCAUACAGCUUCAAUCCCACCCUCUCAGAACUAAGGCAAUUACAUCUGGAGUUUUAGCUGGGUGUAGUGAUGCAAUAGCCCAGAAGAUUUCUGGGAUCAAAAAGCUUCAAUUGAGAAGACUGCUUCUGAUAAUGCUCUAUGGGUUCGGGUAUGGGGGACCAUUUGGGCACUUCCUCCACAAAUUGAUGGAUAUAAUAUUCAAGGGAAAGAAGGACAACAAAACUAUUGCAAAGAAGGUUUUGCUAGAACAAUUAACUUCUUCCCCUUGGAACAACAUGCUUUUCAUGAUGUACUAUGGCUUGGUGGUUGAAGGAAGACCAUGGAAUUUAGUCAAGAGUAAAGUUCGAAAGGACUACCCUUCUAUUCAAUUGACAGCAUGGAAGUUUUGGCCUAUUGUUGGUUGGGUCAAUUACCAGUAUAUGCCCCUGCAAUUCCGGGUCUUGUUUCACAGCUUCGUUGCCUCGUGCUGGGCAAUCUUUCUCAAUCUGAAGGCUAGAUCGGGGGUAAUCAAGCAGGCCUAG